AUGCCGAACUUCUCCCACAUUAUUCGUCUAGAAACGCCAAGAGCUCCAGAAAGUACCAGAAGACAUCCAUACCAGGAGGAACCCAUCUUAGAAUUGAACCCUUCUCUUACAUAUCCAGACCCCCUAUUUCCGUCUUCGCUCCAGCCGGUUGGAGAAUUGAACCAGGCCAUUCUGUAUUCCUAUGAACCAGCACAAAUACUAAACCCGGCUUUUGAUUAUUUAGUGGAGCCGUACACAGAAUUGAACCCCCAUCUUUUGUACCCGGCGAUAGAGUUACCAGCUCUGUAUCCGACCUUUGCGCUUCCGGAAUACAAAACAGUUGCAAAGUUACAGAAAAUGUCUGUAGAUGACGCGAUGGAUUCCCGUGGUUACGACGAAUCGUUGGCGAGAGAGGAGGCGUAUAAAAGGUCAUCAUCGUCUUCAAAAACAACCUAUUCGUCAUCUUCGAGAACAACAGCAGCGACAGCAGCAACAUUAAUGGCAGCAGAAAUAACGUCCUCUUCACCAACUACAUCGUCCACCACCGCCAGCACCACAUCGAAUACUGUCAUAACAACAGCUCCUGCAACUACUACAACUACAUCUACCCCAUCGACGACAACAUCUACGUUAACAACUAACCCAACAACCACAACUCCAACUACCACUACCUCGACAUCCACAUCCACAACGACAUCUACAAUUCCAAAAAUGAAAUCAACAACAUCAUCAACAAUAUCAUCAUCAACAACUGAGUCAACCACAACGACGACAACCACAACACCACAACCAACAACUACUCCUAUCCCUACCACACAACCCCCAACCACGACGACAUCCUCCCCAACAACCACUACCACCACCACCUCGACAACGUCUACGGCUCCCCCAACAACAACAACAACCACAACGACUAGCACAACCACGAGUACAACCACCUCAUCAACACCCUCGCCGACUACAGCAACGACAUCUACGACGACAACAACUACCCCGCCGUUACCAACCACUCCAUCACCAACAACUACAAUGACAGCAACAUCCACGCCCUCACCAACAACAACGACAACUACCACCACGCCGCUACCAACCACGACAUCGACAACUACAACAACAACCACACCGUUUGUACCUCCAGGUGAGACUUUUCAACUUCCUUGGCACUUACUUAGUUAUUUACUCUCUCCCCACACCAUCAGGUACGCAAAGCAGUGUGGACGGUUAGCGGGUGCUGUGGUGCGAGUUGACCAUUCAGACGGAGCCCCUGUUCCUGUAUCGCUCAGCCCUGUUGACCUGUACCUUGACGGCCCGACAGUGGGACAGCGCCGUUAUCAUGUUGCGCCUGGACCCGCAGGGGGCGAGUUUACAAUUGCCUUCUUAUCGCCGGACGGUGGUGCUUCCAUCAUGGGUCUGGAGGUUCAGAGGACACGAACGGUCAUCCCUGAAGUCAUCUUAGAGAACACCCCUGUCUCUCUACUCUGUGAAUCUGUGGAGUUUAGAGAUCGCUCCAUCGUGGAGUGGGAGUACAGCGUUGACAACAUGACCUACCUCUCCUUCCCCUUCGGCACGUCAGAGAUCAGGUAUGAUGACUUCGACAACGCCAACGUCCCGGGUGUCGAAUGUGCUUAUGUCAGCAGAAAUUUUCGACAGGUCAGUCUGCCUAUGACGUCAGACGGCCAUUACGCCAGAUGUAGGUCACAGUCCACCGGAGUUGUCUCCCCAGGCGUUGUUUUGAACGUGGUGCCUGUGCCGACAACGACUUCAACACCACAAGGUGCACCACAACCCACACUAGAGUGGGAAUACAGCCAGAACGGUCAGUCUUUCUCUACCUUUCCUUUCGGAGUGUCCACCUUCACAGUCGCGGACUUGGUCAAUGCACCAGGCCUGGAGUGUCUGUAUGUCAGCCAAAGAGCUGCCAUACAGAUGGCGUCAGAUUUAGAUGAGCUCAGCCUUUACCUCCCUGCCACUCUCACCUGUAACUUCACCACCCCGUCGUGGGAGGCCGUCACCAUCAAUGUUGUUGUUUCAGGUGGAUUGUUUACGGUAGCGUCCUUUUUCCCUGACGGUAGAUCCCAGCUGGCUAACGACCCCGCCCUCUAUGGGAUUGACAGCGAGGUCACAGCAGAUGCAAGUUCCUUCCGUCUCCGUUUCAACCAGGUCCACUGCCGGGACAAUGUGACGUAUGUGUGCCUGGGCCGGGCUCAGGGGGUGUCCUAUCCCAGUGUGGUCACUCCUAGCUUCUCUUUGUCCGAUCGUCUGCAGCAGACACAGCUGACCGCUCCCAACACCUUCAUAGCCGGCCAGCCAGCCACCCUGGAGUGUCGCUCUAUCGAGUUCAGGCGACCGUUCACAGUGGUAUUGGAGUACACCUCCGACAACCAGACCUUCAGUGACGUCCCCUCCGGUCAGUCCCAGUUCCAGGAUACUGACCUCCCACAAUUCCCAGGCUUUGACUGUGUCUACCUCAGCACGCACACUGUACAGGUGGCAUUCCCAGUGACGUCAAAUGGUCACUCCGUCAGAUGUCGCUCUCUGUCCACUGGCUUGACCUCCCAGCCGUUUACUCUAGUUGUGAACCCACAGACAGACAACGGCAGCAGCACUGGUGCUGUUGGUGGUAAUGUUGGUAGUGGAAGUGCUAGUGGUAGUGGUGGUAAUGGUGGUGGUGGUGCGUUCGUUGGUGAUGAUGGUAGCAACAGUGGCAGCAGCUUCAGCAACACUUCGACUACAGCAACAAAUGGCGACACAGCAGCCAUGGUAGCCGCCCUGGAAGUGUUAAGCCUCUACCUCCCAUCCUCCCUCACCUGUAACCUGACUGCAACCUCUUGGGAACAAGUAAACAUAAGCGUAGUUGUGCCAGGUGGUUUGUUCACCAUAGCAACCUUCUCUGCAGAUGGUGCACAGAGUCUCAACAAUGAUCCCAGUCUUUACACCAUUUCCAGCUCCACAGCAGACCUGGUUAAAUCUUUCCGACUGGGGUUCAAUCAAGUGCACUGCCGUGACAACGUCACUUACGUAUGUAGUGGGCUGUCAGGGGGCGUGGUCUACCAGGCAGCAGCACCGCCCAUUUUGACAAUGGACGCCCGGUUACAGAGGACACGGUCAAACAUCAGUCUCCCCCUGGUGGCCGGACAGACCAGUGGCCUGCUUUGCGAGUCAAUUGAGUUCCGAGACCAGGCAGUCCUGUGGGAGGUCAGUAGUGCCGGCUCGCCCUUUGAGUUUUUCACCUCCGGAACCAGACAGUUCUUCAGCGCUGACGUAACCGCUCCUGGCCUAGAAUGUCUCUAUCUCAGCAGGAACGUUAGGCAGUUCGCCUUCCCGCUCUCAGCAGACGGUGACCAAUUGCGGUGCAGAUCUCUGUCCACCGGACUCACGUCUGAUCCGGUGACCUUGACGGUCGAGGCGCCAUAA